AUGGCCAACUUGAUCCUGAAUCGUUGUGUUAUAGGUGUGCUGGGGGAAGGAUGGGGUAGGGGUACGGUACCAUGGGAUGAUGGGAAUACCACCUGGCCUAUACUCCCGGCUUUUUAUUGUUCAUGGAUGGGGGUUGGAGAUGGAUGUGGGAUGCCAUGGGACGGGGUGGCAUGUGUGUUGAUCCAAUGGUUCUAG